UCACAAUAAUAUAUGAAUUCGAAUAAAAAUUAACUUCACAUCUAAUGUAACCGUAAUUGUUGUGUCACGAUGUCUACAAUCAAAGUGUGUGACUGUGGCUAAAAUUAGUUUUUUGUGAGGGUAUACGCAAUUCUAGUAAAAGUAUUUCAUCAUAUAUUGUUUUGACAACUGAAUAGAUUCCACAUCAUGUGCUCGCUAUAGAUACUUGGGCAGUUUUCAGCUCUUGGUUAUCACCUCGCUCACUUAUUCGCUCUUUCUUUCUCUUCCUCUCUCUUUAUGUAUAUUUUGCUGAUUUCAUUCGUUGAAAUCUCAUGGAGCUUAGAAAAAUGUGCUCUGACACCAGUCUACGGAAAGCAUUCGUUCAGAUUGGCUGCUUCUCAAUACUGUCAGCUAAAGUUAAAGUUAAACUAGUAAUUAUAAAUAGAAACACGAAAACAGUUCAUUACUAUUGAGAAUGGCUGAAGAAACGACUGAUAUUAAAAUUUGGGCAGCUUUAACAGCUCAAGUUAGUGUGUGCUACUCAAUAAUCUGCAUAGGAGUCGAAUUCAUCAAUGCUGCGGAUCUUUAUACAGGCGUGGGAAUGUUGAUCACGUGGUUUGCACUCUACCUUAUAAAUAUUUGGAUAAACUUGGUCUUUUCGGGAAAAAGCAGCAAUUGGGGAAAGAGCGAUAUAAUAAUCUGGUUUGCUAUCACAUCAUUUAUAUUAAUCAUUCGACUCGCAUGCACCAACUACAGCCACUUGAGUAUUGGAGUCUGGGUAUUCACAAUUAUUGUAAAUAUUUACAUGCUAUUUGUUCUUUUUGUAAUAUUGACAUUAAGUAACAAAAUGGAUAAUCCAACUACAGACAUCAGGAGCAGCUUAACUUCUGACCCAGAUAAUAAUAUAAUAUUAAGUGCGACGGCGGAUGAAACUAAUAUUGAAGAUCUGUCAGAUAAUCUUCGUUCCGCUAUAGGCUCUUAUCACUCCAACUUACACAAUGUUUCUCCCAGUGGUGGUGUAAUAGGUUUAAGUUCUAGUAACUUAAAUUGUGAUUCCCAGAUUGUUUUUUGGUACAGCUCCAACUUUGGAUAACUUAAACGACGAGUCCCAGAAUGAUUUAGCAACAGCACCAAGUUAUGGCGUACUAAACACUGAUUCUCAGAAUUUGGACAGAUCAGGUGAUAUUAACAAUAUUUUUAAUGCAAGUGAUCCUCCUCCAAGCUACGAUGAUGUUAUGACUCGUAAGAAUGAAAAGGAAAAAGUAUAAAAUUAUAUAAUAUAAUGUUGAUAAGCCAAAAGCAAAAUUAUUUAAUAAUACUACUAUAAUAAUAGUAUUGGAUAGGCCAAGAACAACAAUGAACCUCGAAGCGUAAGAAGCCAUCUAGGUAUUUCUAAAAAUAAUUGAUCCAUUAUUAUAAGCAUGUUACCUAAAAUCCACAAUGUCACAGUGAUAAUAAUUGAAAUGCUGGUAGAGUUCACUGUUAUUAAGAUAAAUCAAAAUCAAAUUAGAACGAGUUAUUUGUCAAUACUCAAGUACUACCUCAAUCCACUUAUCAAGAAUAAUUUACGAGAAAACAGACCGACACUCCACGUAUGAGUGUAUUAACUAACCUCAGGUAACAGCAUUAGAUGUGAUGUUACAAAAGAAAUAAUGUCAAAAAUUGUAAUAUAUUUGUAAAUUCUUUAUAGCUUUUA